AGCAACGGCUAAGCCGCGAAGUCGUAGGCCACACAAGCUCACAGAACGGGACAACCGAGUGCUGAAGCGUGUAGGGCAUAGAAAUCAUCUGUCCUCGGUUGUAAAACUCACUACUGAGUUUCAAACUGUCCCUGGAAGCAACAUCAGCACAAGAACUGUUUGUCAGGAGCUUCAAGAAAUGGUUGUCCAUGGCCGAGCAGCCGCACACAAGCCUGAUAUCACCAUGCGCAAUGCCAAGCAUCGGCUGGAGUGGUGUAAAGCUCGCCGCCAUUGGACUCUGGAGCAGUGGAAACGCGUCCUCUUGAGUGAUGAAUCACGCUUCACGAUCUGGCAGUCCGACAGACGAAUCUGGGUUUGGCGGAUGCCAAAGAGAACCCUACCUGCCCCAAUGCAUAGUGCCAACUGUAAAGUUUGGUGGAUGAGGAAUAAUGGCCUGGGGCUGUUUUUCAUGGUUCUGGCAAGGCUCCUUAGAUCCAGUGAAGGGAAAUCUCAACCCCAUCGAACACCUUUGGGAUGAACUAGAACAGACUCCUACACAUACUUCGAAGGCUGCAUCCCAAAUGGGCCCCGGCACAAAGUGCACUAUAAAGGGAACAGGGUUCUAUUUAGGAUGCAGGCUUUAAAGUAUGUGUAGGAGUCUGUUAAGAAAGCAGAAGUUUCACUGACACAGUAUGUCCUACCUGGUUUCAGUUCCCGUUAUUCUGUGGAGGCUAUAAAUGAUGUAGCAUAAUAACUGUAAAGUCAAUUACUCCAAAAGAAACAAACAAGUCAUGGAAAGGAAUCUCCCUAAUUACGGCUACAUGAAGUUGGAUGCAAUGCCGAGGUCAUAGGGCUAGAGUUCUAGGCUGCAUAUGUUACACACACAUUUCAUUUUUAUUAAAAAUUAUGUUUUAGGUAUGCAAAAUAUUCAAACUUGGUUGUGCAGUCAGCCUGGUAAAAAGGCAUCCUUUUAGAGGGUGUUCUAUUGUGACCGUAUACGCAUGCGCGUUUCUCCAAGGCCAGUUUCCAUAGCAGUGGUCGCACCGCGAGAUAAGUUCUCCAACUUAUGAUGAUUGACUGUCACCCACCGUGCGAGUUCCUUUGAUAUGGAUUUUACUAUGGACUUACGUACGUUACAUUUUAUAUAGCCUAGUAGCCUUCCUAAUUGUUGCCUGCCCAAUUGAUUCAGUGCGCUUUUGCGUUUUGGCAAGAGACUGUAGCUGAGACAAAAGUCCGACUGAUUGGGUAAAACAAACAAUUAUGGGCAAUCAAGACGGUGAAUUCUGCUUCUUAAUUUGAGCAAAUAUUUAUUUUUGUCAUCACAGUGUGCUUUUCGUUUUUGAACGCCAUCCGACAAAACUGUGCACGUUGGUGUUUUGGAAAAUGAUGAGCUGUUUUGGGCGGGGGCUGAGGCGGACGGCCCCUGCACGCGGCAGCAGCAGGAAUGAGCUGGUGACCCCCUCGACGGCAUCUCUCUCCAGGGUUAACGGCUGGGCCUGUCCCCCUCACUCCUUCCAGCUGGUGGGAUGGACAAUAUACAGCUACAUGGCUGUAGUUGGCUUCGGGAUCUAUAUCCCACUACUACCUUCACCCUGGAGCCACAUGGCCUACUCUCUGACUGGCAUAGCCUUCAUUGUGCACCUGGUCACCCAUCUAGCUGCCGUGUCUAUAGACCCAGCAGAGGCAGGCGUCCGUGCCAAGAAGAGCUACUCCAACCCACUGCCUGUCUUCGACAAGAAGAAACAACCACAUGUUAUCCACAACCUACACUGCUACCUGUGUAAAAUCAAUGUGGACCCAAAAGUGAAACACUGUGGUGUGUGCAACAAGUGUAUUGAAGACUUUGACCACCACUGUAAAUGGCUGAACAACUGUGUGGGGGGACAGAACUACUGGUACUUCUUUGUGACGGUGUUGUCUGCUACACUGGGCGUCCUUGUGCUUCUCAUGGUCGUCCUGUUCAUCUUCAUCCAGCAUUAUAUGGACCCUGCCAGUCUCCGCACCGCACCACAGUUUACCAGUGUGAUGAGUAACGGGACGUGGCCAGUCUUCCUGUCUGUAGGUGUGAUGAGUAACCAGUGGACUUUACCAGUCUUCCUGCCCCUGGCACCCAUGGAGACAGGGUUUCAGGGAGUCUCCUGGUUCAUCGCCUUCCUCACGGUCAUGUUGGCUACUGGCUCUCUACUGCUGCUGGUUCACCUUUACUGAUUUACCAUGUAUCUGUUGUUAAAUAAAAUGAGCACGUAUGACUACAUUAUAACAAGAGUUUACGUGAGUAAACAGGCCAGCCAGCAGGACAUAGAGAUGGGCUUUCCCCAGUCAUCUGACAGCAACAGCAGAACAGGUCAGAAUCAUCCGCAAAUGGAGCCCUCCAUCGAUUGUGAUGCGUUGUUGUCAGACAGUGUCAGCUGCAAGAAUCAGGAAACGGGAACUAUUGCAAGUCGACCUUCUGGAUCUUUCUGUUCUGAGUUGGACAACUUUACUAAAUCAUCAGAAAAGGAAAAUGGCUUUUACUAUGGCACAGAGCUACCCACCCAGAUUAUACCAGGUGAAGUGGUGAUGGAUGACCCCUUGGGCUGGAGGUUGGGUGGAGGUGGAGAGGGCCCCAGAGCAGGCCCAUGUGAGGGGGUCCCCUGCACUGACAGAGCUCAUCAGUAGCUGGUCUCUGAUGCUCUGCAGGUGGCCACACACAGUACCUGAGGAACUAAAGGCAUUGACACGCCAUAGUGAACGUCGGCCGUGUGCAGUACAGUAGAUCACCUACUGGAUGUUGACUAACUGUGGUCGAUACAACAUGUCAAAGCUUUGGGAAAUGAACAAAAAAUGACUGUUGAUGUUGUCUGGUCAGAAGCCAUGGAAUCGUCCACCGGCAGCAGUAUUUACCCAGCACAGCACUGGGGAACAAAUAGAAUGUUCAUGCUGGAUUGAAGCCACCGUGAUGCGUCCAACGGACCUCCUGCUGUUGCCUAUGACGAUCACCACUUGAAACUGGAAAUGGACAUUUCUAAUUUACACUGGAUAUUUACAAUUAGUGAUGGGAAGGACAUUUAUUUUGCAGCAAUUUUAUGUAUUUUAUCUGGGGAUUUAAAUAAUUGUUUUACCUAUGUUUUAUUUGUUAAUUCAGCCAUAUCAGAUCAUAAUGUUCUUGCCUGAAUUUAAAAAUAAAAUGUGUAAACAUACCGUA